AUGAGUUUGGCGUCACGAGCGACUGUUCUGUGUCGAAAGUCCUUCCUUUCUAAGGCUCUGUCGUUGAAAGUGCCAUCGCGAUCUCUCUCAUACAACUGCUAUGAUUAUAAUAUAGCUGGCUUGACUCCAGAACUACGUCAAUUGCACGAAGCAGUUCACGAUUUCUGCCAAAAGGAACUGGCUCCACGUGCUCACGAAAUUGACAAGGCCAAUGAAUUCCCAAUGGACAUGUGGAAAAAGUUUGGUGACAUGGGCCUGCUAGGAAUCACUGCUCCUGAAAAGUAUGGCGGGCAGAAUAUGGGCUAUCUGGCUCACUGUAUUGCCAUGGAGGAAAUAUCGAGGGCUUCGGGCUCUGUUGCUCUGAGUUAUGGCGCCCAUUCAAAUCUCGGUGUGAAUCAGAUCGUCAGGAAUGGAUCUGAUGCUCAAAAGGACAAGUAUCUUCCCAAGCUGAUAAGUGGGGAGCAUGUCGCUGCUCUGGCCAUGAGCGAACCUGGAUCAGGAUCAGAUGUCGUGUCUAUGAAGCUGAGAGCUGACAAGAAAGGUGAUCGUUACAUACUCAACGGCACCAAGUUCUGGAUCACCAACGGCCCAGACGCCAAUGUGCUCGUAGUAUACGCCAAAACCGACAUCAAAGCUGGACCACAUGGAAUUACGGCCUUCCUUGUGGAAAAGGGCUUUACAGGAUUCUCUACAAGUCCCAAACUUGACAAGUUGGGAAUGCGUGGUUCAAAUACCUGUGAACUUGUCUUUGAAGACUGUGAAGUUCCAGCGGAAAAUGUAUUGGGUGGUGUUGGUAAAGGAGUAUAUGUGUUAAUGAGUGGGCUGGACUUGGAACGAUUGGUCUUGAGUGCUGGUCCUCUUGGUAUAAUGCAAGCAGCUCUAGACGUGACGAUACCAUAUGUUCAUGAACGGAAGCAGUUCGGACAGCCUGUUGGUCACUUCCAGUUACUCCAAGGCAAACUAGCAGACAUGUUCACCAAAACAUCUGCUUCAAGAUCGUACACAUAUGCAGUCGCACGAGCGUCCGAUAAUGGUCAUUCCAGCAAUCGUGAUUGCGCCGGAGUCAUCCUGUACGCUGCUGAACGGGCUACAGAGGUGGCCUUGGAUGCGAUUCAAUGUCUGGGUGGUAAUGGUUAUAUUAAUGAUUACCCAACGGGACGAUUGCUGAGAGAUGCUAAAUUGUAUGAGAUUGGUGCGGGGACAAGUGAAAUUCGACGAAUGCUAAUAGGUCGUGAGUUCAACAAGGAAUUCUUGAAAAAGUAG